AUGGUUGCGGAUGGCCAGUUCAUCCUGACCAUCGGCAAUCACUUUAGCGGUCUCCGGAAGAAGGACGGCUGCCUAGAGGUCAACCACGGACAUCGAAGCCACGAAUGGCAGUCUGCAUGCCGGUGGCAAACGGGCGUCGCCACUGGUUUCUCGGAAGAUCUGGGCCAGUGGCUCAUUGAUCCUGCUGCAUGCUCUGGGCUCUUCUGCAUCGAGGAGCGAGCGCACUUGGACAAGCCUAAGACACGGAUGCCUCCCAAGACGCCGGGGCAGACCUUGCCGGUGGAAGCCUGGACAGCAUCCCAGUCCAUCUCAUCAAGGCAUGCAGGUAUCCUGCCUGCAGAGGCUGUCGAAGCGAACUGGCAUGGGGCCGGGAUUUCAUUGCUUGCCGGAGCAAUAGCAUCCUCUCGCAUCAUCGCUGUGGAUUGGCCCAUUCGCGAAUCCUGCAGGACUGUGUGCGGAUCAACUAUCCGAAAAUGGAAGUCGCGACAGCCCGCGGUCUCUCCUGUGCACUUCCAGCUGUCUGGCACGGACAGCGCACAGCGACUCGUCAUCUCUGUGGGAAGCUCCGAUCCGGCAGGCGACUGCUGCUGGUGUGAGAUCAACGCACCUUUCGAUGACACCGUGGUCAUUGAGCUGGGACACAAUCGGCUUGGACGCCCCAACGACGUGUGCGUCGCUGUUUUCCCGGCACUCAGGCCAGAGCGACUCGCGCAGGUCCAGUGGUGGAACAAGAGAUUGCAAGUCUUUCUGGAUGGCCAUCGGAUCGGAAUGCUUCCACUUCAGGACUGCGAUGUGCAGCAGUGGGCUGAGGACCAGCAGUUGCUUCUUGCCUAUACAGAGACGGGGACAGGCCGUGCCUGGCGUGCCUUCCUGGUUUCCUGGAAGAUCGUCUCGGUGGAUCAUCUGGACCAGGAGCUAGUGUAUGCAGCAUCGGAGAGCCACAUCACGAGCUCCCAUGACAUGGACCAAAUUUUUUUGCGAAGACUUGAACUUUCAAUUCAAGACCAUGGCGUGUCUACAUUCUUCGCGAUUGACAGAAAUGCCAUGAGGAUACCUGGCAGCUUUGGUCUGGUCGACGUGGAGUUGGAUGCCGUUCUGCCACCUCUGAGAGAGCACAGAUAUCCGCGUUCGAUUGUGUUGGAGCCUCCCUCAUGCUUUGACACCACACAACUAGGAGGCAUGAAUGUGUUGGAUGUCUUGAGUCGCGUCAAUCCUCACCCCCGAGAUCGCAAUCUGCAAUUUCAGGACACGGACCAUAUCUACACUUGGGAAGGGCGCAGAGUCAGCGUGUCGGCUACCAGCUUGAUUCAUGGCCGCACGCAUCAAUUCAAUCCUGCUGACGCACUCCGUGCAACGCGCAACGGCAGCUGUUCUUAUCUAGCUUCGGCUGUCAGCAUGACGGACGCUGAAAUCCUGGACAAAUGGGAGAGGUCAUACGCGGAUUACAGGCGGAAGGCGCUUGCUUCCAAAGAUGCUGCGUACGGACGCAUGAUGCACUUCCCCUUGAACAACGUUCCGGAUUCCGUCCUUUGGCACUAUCGGGUUCAAGUGAACAUCUACGCCAACGUGACAGAACUCAGGAUAGUGUGCUUGCAUCCAGACAACGUGCCGCAGCCGCUCAUUGUGGACGUUCCGAUGAUGCAGGCAGUUCCUAGAACAGCACCCAACAAUGUCUAUGUCUACCUUCCGCACAGAAUGCUGGAUCCGGUCGCGGACGAGGCGAAGGAAAGGGUACCCCGCUUCUGGAAGACUACGUACUGGGGCAAUGCAGAUGCGUUCGAAGUCUUCAUGGCCUCCUUCACACUCGCCUUUCGAGGUGAGAACGUAGACCGUGCCUUCUGGGGUAUCGGUGCCGGCGGUGUGGGCCAAAGUCUCCAGACGGCGCACUUGGAGGCAAUGCUUGGGGAAUACCACACCUGUCUGGACAUGAACAUCUACUUUGUCGACGAGGAAAUGCGAAAGCAAGCGGCCAACAUCGUCGGCAAGAUCGUCGUUACUGGGCAAGAAAGUGUGCAGGGCUCCCGACGUCCAAUGAGAGAGGACAUUUACAAAAAACACAUUUCCGCCGACAAAGUGCCAGAACGUCUGCCGUACGCCAUACACACGGCACUGGUGGAACUACGUGGAUGGAACAGAUUCGAGCUGAACACUGCUCCCAGGUUCGCAGGAGUCACAGAAGAGACCUUGACCUCCAUGUUUCGGCGGACGGCAGUAUGCAAGUACAAAAGCGUCUUCGUGGGUGAGGUCCGCAUAGCCGGCAAGCAGGAAUUGGCUGCAACGCGUCGGAUUUUCCCACGGGAUCCCACCUUAAAGGAUUUCUUAAGGGACAGGCCUGCCUGUUUGGUGACACUGCGUUGCUUGUGGAACUACGCACGAAGUCGCACCGCUUUCCAAUGUCGUGAUGUCCUGGAAAAGUAUGUUGUUCGUGGCGGUGACGGUGUUUUGACUCUGGCGACCGUGCGGCGCAGUUGUGGUCUGACUCCGGAUGAAACGGCAACAGCCGAUCCGGUGCAGGAAAUUCUGGAAGCUCUCAUGUCAAAAGAGCCUUCAGGCGAGACUGGCAGAGGUAACCAGGACGUCUCUCAAGCUCAGGCCAUGAUCGCCGCUCACCGAGAUGAAGAAAAGCAGGCUGUUCAACAGAUCCGUCAGUGGCUGUGUGAGGAGCGCAAAGACUGGUUCACACUGAACCAGUUGAGGACUGCCAAAUCCAAGUUCGUGUUCAAUUUCAACAAGCAGGAGGUGCAGAAUGUCAUUGAGAACAUGGGCAAACGGGGCAAACUGAUUUCAGCGACGAUUACGCUGCCAAAGGUUGGCCAAACCACGAUCUUCCUUCCAACUUACUCGUGUGAAAAGGCACUCGGUGACGUUGUGCCACUGAAGCACGACCAAAAACCUCGUCUUCACGGAAGAAUACAAUGUCGAGCACGUGCUCUCGUUUGGCACCGACCUCUUCCAGAAGCCUGA